CUCCCGGAAAUACUUGAUCGAUAUCGUCAAGCACGCUGAGGGAGAUCUUACAGGACCAUUCUUCGGCUGACCUCCCGGCUCCCAAUGAUCCCCCCUUUCUGCUCCGAAGUGCUCCGCUUUCCUAUUUAGAAGCAGCUUUAGGGUUUUCCCUUCUCCUUGUCAGUUGGCAGGUGGCGAUCGUGCCUCGAAGGGGAAGAAGGGAGAUGAGGCACAGGGCGUGGGCUUUUAGUUUGGCUUUGUUUUGUCUGCUCUCUUUGAGAACUGGAGCAAGAGAAUUCGAGAGAAGCCGGAGAACAGAGAGGAUCUCAGGUAGUGCUGGUGACGUUCUUGAAGAUGAUCCUGUUGGAAGAUUGAAGGUGUUUGUAUAUGAGCUUCCCAGCAAAUACAACAAGAAGAUACUGCAGAAGGAUCCAAGAUGCCUCACCCACAUGUUUGCUGCUGAGAUCUUCAUGCACCGUUUCUUGAUGUCCAGUCCAGUCCGUACUCUGAACCCCGACGAAGCUGAUUGGUUCUACACACCUGUUUAUACUACUUGUGAUCUAACGCCAAAUGGCCUCCCUUUGCCUUUCAAAUCACCACGAAUGAUGAGAAGUGCAAUACAAUUGAUCUCCUCUAACUGGCCUUACUGGAAUAGGACAGAAGGUGCAGACCAUUUCUUCAUUGUACCUCAUGACUUCGGAGCAUGCUUCCAUUAUCAGGAAGAAAAAGCCAUUGAAAGAGGAAUUCUGCCAUUGCUGCAGCGUGCAACCUUGGUUCAAACCUUUGGACAGAGGAACCAUGUUUGUUUGAAAGACAACUCCAUCACCAUCCCUCCAUAUGCUCCACCGCAGAAGAUGCAAGCCCACUUGAUUCCUCCAGAUAUUCCACGGUCAAUCUUUGUGUACUUCAGAGGUUUGUUUUAUGAUGUUGGAAAUGAUCCCGAGGGCGGUUAUUAUGCAAGGGGUGCAAGGGCAUCAGUUUGGGAGAACUUCAAGGAUAAUCCGCUAUUUGAUAUUUCCACAGAGCAUCCAACCACCUACUAUGAAGACAUGCAACGUGCUAUCUUCUGCCUUUGCCCAUUAGGCUGGGCACCAUGGAGUCCCAGGUUGGUCGAAGCUGUGAUCUUUGGCUGCAUUCCAGUUAUCAUUGCAGAUGACAUUGUGCUACCAUUUGCCGAUGCAAUCCCAUGGGAGGAGAUCGGUGUCUUUGUCGCGGAGAAGGAUGUCCCGAGCCUGGAUACAAUUCUUACAUCUAUUCCUGCAGAGGUCAUAUUGAGGAAGCAGAGACUGCUCGCCAACCCUUCGAUGAAGCAGGCGAUGCUUUUCCCCCAACCUGCUCAACCUGGUGACGCCUUCCAUCAGGUAUUGAAUGGGCUUGCUCGCAAGCUCCCGCACGACGAGAUCAUUUACCUGAAACCUGGACAGUUGAAGUUGAACUGGACUGCGGGUCCAGUGGGUGACUUGAAACCUUGGUAGUGACAGCCAUGGCUGUUAUUCGAGUGAUGGCUUUGAAGCUUGCAGUCCUGAGAAGAAAUGGUGAUUUCUGCUUGUGGUCAUGGAGAGAUUAUUAUGUACGGAGUUUGGGCGCAGUUUUUCAUCCGGACUUCAAUCAAGUGAAAUCAUGAAGUAUUUUUUUUAAUUUUUUAAUUUUUAAUUUCUCUCUUGUACACACCUUAUGUAUAAGAGAGAAUAAA